AUUCUACUCACACACACACACACACACACACAGAUAGACAGACACACAGGCUCACAGACAGAGGGACAGACAGUCAAUGCGUGAUAACCAUGAUAAGGGUGACUACUGGCUGAUAAUCAGAUACUCACUGUCACUGUUCCAUGUCACACACAUAAUAUACACAGGCGCUAACACACAAACACACACACACACACGUUGGUUACUUGGUGUUACUGGUAGUGUUGUGAAGGAGUUGCAGUGUUGUGGAGUUGUGUUGGAGACAUGAAUGGUGUUGGUGGUUGGCGUGUGUGUAUAUGUGUGUCAUGAAGGAGGCAACCUUUGUCCCAGGUACAUCCAGCACACCAUCCGUGAAAAUGAGAUAGUGAUGCACAUCCACCCCGGUGAGAGUGGAAUGCAGAUGCCGGAGGAACCAAGCCACGCCACACUCACCAUCCAGGCCCGUGACCCGUCCACCAACACCACCACCACACGCCGCUUCCACUGCACCUACCAGGGCUGUGACCGCACCUACAGCACCUCUAGCAACCUCCGCACCCACCUCAAGACACACCGAGGGGAGUACCGGUUCCAGUGCCUGGCGACGGGGUGUGGCAAGGCAUUCCUCACCUCCUACUCCCUCAAGAUCCACCUGAGGGUCCACGCCCAGCAGAAGCCAUACACCUGCGAAAAUGAUGGAUGCCGCAAGUCAUUCACCACGCUGUACAGGCUGCGUGCCCACCAGCGGCUCCACAAUGGCGACACCUUCAACUGCCACCAGGAUGGGUGUGUGCGCAUCUUCACCACUCUCUCUGACCUCAGGAAGCAUGUACGCACCCACACUGGGGAGAAACCAUUUAAGUGUGAGGAAGAUGGGUGUGGCAAGUCGUUUACAGUCAGCCACCACCUCCGCACCCACAAACGGAUACACACAGGUGAGAGGCCUUACCUGUGUGUGGAGGAGGACUGCCGCCGUGCCUUCACCACAAACUACUCCAGAAAGACACACAUGCUCGUCCACAAACGUCGCUCCUCCUCCUCUCCUGCGCCUUCCUUUGCCUCCAAGCGUAACUCCCACCACUCCAGCGGUGAUGCCACAGCUGCCACCACCAACACCACUGCCACCUCUAGUGUUCAGGAGCGCCCCCCACAGACUGGCGGGUGCUGCAAGGGUUCAGCUGUGAGUGGUGAGCAGCAGGGGAAGGAGUGCCACAAGACAGAGACGGCCAAGUCAGGUCAGCAAGGAGGCUGCUGUGGUGGAGCUCGCCAGCGCCCUGCACACAAGGCUCCACCACUGCCACCACCACCAACACCUCAGAACAUAAAACCUUUCAUCAUCCCAGUUGUGGGUGGGGAGAAGGAUGGGGCCACCAGCCUCACCCUACAGGAGUUCCUGGAGUUGGAAGCCCUCAAGAGUAACCCAAACAUGAAGGUGCCCAUUGUCAAGGCCACGGACAACACCACUGUGGGACGCCUUCUGCAGGACUCACAGAGCCUCACUGCCCUGGCUCAGGCUGGUGACAGUCGAGGUUUGCUGGAGAAGAUUGCAGCACACGCUGACAUUUGCAAGUGUAAUCCUUGUCGGUGCGAUCCAAGCCGAGGCAACGAGUGCUCCUGCAAUGCCAUAGCAGACAGUGACAGUUCCCCGUGCCACAGCCCCUCUCAGGCCCCAGGCCCGGCCCCAGCCCCACAGGAGGACACCCCUCACACCCCUGACAAAGGAAGCUUCCAGCGGCCUGAGACACUCUCCUCCAAGGAUGACUUCCGAGAACCACCGCUGGGAGCUGAAACCUCACCCAAGGCUGUCUCUGCUCCCAUUGAAGCCCAGCAAAUCCUUCCCCUCAAACCUGAGAUGGCUGCCAAGGGUCCUGGUAGCAGCAGUAUUCCUGAGGCAAUGGCCACCUCUCUACCGGCUCUUUCCCUCAACACUGACCUGUCUGUCAAGGACUGUCCUCCUGCCCUGGCCUCCUCAUCUCAGCCACAGUCGUCUCAGCCUCCUCUUGCUGGUGAGGGCAGCUUGCAGACUCCUGAUCAACAAAUUUCAGUGGCAGAGUUUCUGGAGGAGACAGUGGGAGGUGAGGAGUGCAGUGCAGGGGAGGUGGGUGGUCUUCUGCCAGCCCUGGCCAGCCGCCCCUCUGCCCCAUCCUUCCCCAGCCUGGAGGACAUGGGUUCCCUAUCCUCUCCUUCCAUGGAGGAGCUGAUAGGCUCUCCAGUGUUUGGCGGUGGCGUGAAGUGUGAGUCUGGUCCACUGGCCCCCGAGGCCGCCCUGGAUCACACCUUUGACGUGGACAUUGCUGCCUCAGACUUCUCUGCUGAUUUCCCAUUCUCUUCUCCCAACAUGAUUGAGGCUUUACUCACUGGAGACCUUCCCCCUUUGUCCCAGCCUGCCUCCUCAACCCCCAGCAAGGCCUCCCUCUCUACACCCACACCACCACCCCUGCCACAGCCCCAGCCCAGCCUGUCAGACUCUGCCAUCAAGCCCUCGUCACCCUGCUGUAGUCAGUGGGAGGGCACUGCCAAGUCCUGCUGCUCCUCUGCUGCUGCUUGCUCACAGAACAGCAGCUCCCCUGCCGUGGCCACUCCUCCCUCCACUUGCUGCCGCUCAGCAUGGGGUAGCAGGUCCCCCUCAGCCCUCAUAGCAUCACUCAACUGUGACAACCAACACCAAAGAAACAACAACAUCUCAUGCUGUGCCUCCAAGCCCACAAUGCACCACCCCCGACCUCCCACCUCCCCAGCCCCUCCCUCCCUCAUCACUGAGCUGUGCCCUGCCUCUGCCCAGUCACAAUCACAAGCCUCAGCCCCCACCCCUGCCCCUGCUCCUAUCCCUGUCCCUGCUCCUGCCCCUGCCCCUGUUCCUGCCCCUGUCCCUGCCCCUGCCCCUGGACUAGAUAUGCAGUGUAACUCAUCCAGCCCCCACCAUGCCGUUUCCUUCCCUUCCACUCAACACCACCAUCACCACCAACCACAUUCCCAGGCUGAUUCCCUGCCCCAGUCACCAGACCACCACCACCAUCACCAUAACAGCCAGCAGCAGCAGCAGCCGCCUACCAGUAUAACUAGAGACCAAACUAAUCAUCAUCAUCAGCAGCAGCAGCAACAACAGCAGCAACCAGACUGUGACAAGCACCACAUGGCCAAGUCUGGCCAGGGCCUUGGUGUCCCUGGUGCCUCCCUCCAUCAGCAGCACCACCAGCACCACCACCAUGGUGGGGAGGCAGCGGAGGGCUUUGCAGUGGAGGGUGGGGUUGUGGACUCCCACGCUGGGUCGUCAGGAUUGGACUUGGUGCUGAGGAAGGAAGACAGUGACUCGUGCUGUGUGGUGAUCUGCACCAACAAGCUGCAGCUGCUGCGGAAUGUGCUGGCCAAGUGUGAGUGUCUGGACCACGAGCGCACUGCCUCGGUGCCGGUGGACCUCCAGACACUGCUCAAUGACGCCCUCAUGGAGUGGGAGACAUCCGAGGGCAGUGGGACAGCAGAGAGCAGCUUUGAUGUCCCCACCAGCAUCCCUGACCCUGCAUCAGACCAGGGCAGCUCCCUGGCCUGGUCGUAGCCUCACCAUCACCACACACACCACACCACCCUCAACACCUUGUGCCAGCCAGCCAGCAAACCAUGAUGUAAGUGAGCCAGCAUGCAGUGUGUUGGCAAACUGUUUUGCAUCAAGAAAACACUAAUAAAGAUAAACACAUGAUGGCAGAUGAUGUUGCUCAUAGUAGGGACAUCUGCUGUGUUUGAGAGAUGUGUUGUUGUUUGCAGAUAGUGGUGGUAUGUGCCAUACUGUGCUGUGGUGAAGCGCUCUCUCAUCCCACCCCACCAUCACUCUGCUCUGUGUGGCCAGAGUUUUAGUCUUGGGAGAAACACAACCUGCUUAAUACGUACUCACUGUAUCAGUGCAAGUGUAAAUAUUGACAUGCAAAUAUGCAAGGAAGGGUGAACUUCCUGAGUUUUUAUGAGGACAUAAGUGUGUAUGAAUGGUGUGCUCCCAGUAUACCAGUGUUAACAGGCUGUGAACAUCCUAAUAUUUCUUGACAUUACUGUUCUAGACAGCUAGUGCCAGUGUGGAAGAACCAACCAACCUUUCAUGGAGUGACUGCCCAGUGUCAGUCUUCACUCACCUUACCAACACCACAAGAAUAACCACCUUAUGUGUUGUGAGACAAGGUGAGACCAUGGUGUUACUUAGGAGAUCACUUAUUGGUAGUGUAAGGAUGGUGAACUGUGUUACUACUACUACUACUAUUAUUAUUAUUAUUGUUGUUGUUGUUGUUGUUGUUAUUAUUAUUAUUAUUAUUAUUAUUAUGGAUUGUAUUAGUCCAGAAAGAGUGGAAGACCAGUGUUAACUGAUUUGGACCAUGCACAUUUGUUAUAUUUCAUGAAUAGAGACUUGUAAGAUAAUAGAAAGAAACAAAUAUGCUAAAAAGCUACUAUAGAAAAAGUCUGUUGAUCCGAACACCAAUAAUUCAAAUUUACCAAUAGUUAUUUUUUUUUAAGUUGGGGUGAAAAAAAUCAUCCAGUCCCAAAAUAAGGUCUACACAAAUUGAAGUCAGAUGCCAGAAGCAGCCUGCCCCACUCUGGCCAACACAGUGGUGGUGGGCAGGAACUGAUAACUCAAAAAUUCAAGGGACUGGUUCCUUGGGAUGGGAGAACCAUCAGAACUGAUUCUGCAGGGAUUCAGUGGAGCAUGGCUGGUGAAUAUCAGAAUCUUGGAAUUGCCAGUGUGCUGCUUGGCAAUUUCCAGGCACACUGUCAGUUCAGAGAUUGUUUUUCACUAUCUGGUGGAACCAGUUCUGUUGAGAAUCAGUCGACAAUGGCUGGUGAAUACCAGUGUCUUAUAACUUCCAGCCUGCUGCUUGGUGGUAGUCAGGGUGUAGUUGUCCCAGCAUUCAUCGAGAAUACAUACAGGGAUGAUUACCAAGUGUGCAUUCCAUGAGACAUUAACCCCUGCCCUCCUCACAUGGGACAGCCAAUUAGCUGGAGCAUACAAAGAUGGCUGCCCACAGAAGAUUGGCUGCUCUUUCAAUCACAGAAUAGCUCGUUGGCAACCCUAUAUGUACUAGACAAUGUAGACAAUAUUCAAAGAAGGAAUGAAGCUUUAAGUAGACAAGAGAAGAAGAGAGGAGAACAGAGUCCACAGACAAUGUUGUGAGUGAUUUUCUUAUAACAUUGUCACCAAUGUGGGGGGUAAGCGCAUCAUCUUUCCAGUGUGAGCAGUGAGUGACGUUACAAGCCCGCUAUAGUGCACUAAGGAAUGCUCCUUAACUAAUCUUCUAAUCUUGUAAUCUUAACUAAGCUUCUGGAGCAUGAUUUGGGACAUACCCCCCAAUUCUUGGUCCCAAGGGCUGAAAGAACCAGAUUCUGGGAUGGAUUAUGACAAAUAUGCAUGCGGCACAUGGGUUCUUGGUGCUGCUGGUGAGAAACAAUCAGUGGAUCAACAUGCAGUUGAUGUGUCUGGAGAAGUAUUUGUGUAGUAAAGCAGCUCAUAUCAUAUUGCGUCUUCAUUCUUUAUUACUUAUUACUUUAUUACUUAUAUUUGAUGUUUACAGGGGCACAUCCGAGUAAUACAGCCAAUCUGAUAAUCCAACACACUCAUGGUCCUUUUCUCAUCGGAUUAAUGGACUUUUCCUGUGUAUUUCUUUAUGCUAAUUAUAUUAUUAUUCAAGUACAUAAGAGAAAUGAAUCUGUGACUAUUAACACGAGUCACACCUUUUUAUGGCAAGCAGUGGCUCAUUAUGGUAACAAUUAUUUGUAAUAGACAUGUUUGGAGUUGAGUAAGACCGUAAUAGUAAGUGUUGGUGCAGUACAUGACAUUGCUACCUGAGUGUGCAUGAACACAGGAACAUUAUUGGCACUGGGUGGGGUGAUCUUGCCUUCUGAUUGAACCACUGUGCUUUUACUUAAGUUUUAUACAUUCUGUAAAUUGACUUUGUAUUUCUUCCAAACUGUAAGAUAGUAGAUUGUUUGUAUCCACAGAAUAUUUGUGAUCUGACAGUGUGGGGGUGUGUAUGUUUACCUUACACACCCAAAAGUUCCCAGACUGAAGCACUGAGCUAGACAGAGGCAUGUGACAGACGGAAAUGGCUAGAAGGAGAAGGCUAUGGGAAAAUAGGAAUGGUCCUAUGUCAUAUCAAAAAGGAUAGAGAGUUAGUAAUAUAACAGGAAUGACAAUAAUGAUGCCUGCAAUCUUGCAAGCAAAUGUGUACUUUGUAAGGAAUACAAAGUUAGCCAGCACUACCUUCUAAAACAGGAUUAAGAGUAUGUGAGGCAAUCAGCAAGCAAGACACCAGCCAUUGAGACCAGUAAUGAGAUUGCCUGUCCUCAGAUAGCGAGACCAUUUUGCCAGACUCUGGUCCCUAUUCUGAAACACUGUUCUCUCACCAUCACUGCUUUCCAAAGCCUCCAGUUGAAGAUACUCGUGUUUUUAAGAGUAUUUUUAUUGUUCUGGUGAUGGAUCGGCAAGAUUUCUAGUUUAUUAGAAGGAAAAACUGCCUUCAAAAUCUGGCUAGUUGUCUCUGUGGCAUUGGAAAAUUGUCGUAGUGAGAAAGGAAGUUGUUUCUAAAUAUGGAUGUGUGUGUCACUGAAUAUAUAUGCAGUGUGCCUCAAACCUUACUGUUAGUGCAUCAGAUGGGUCUCUAGUGAUCAUCUAGCACUGACUCACUGGGAAUAUACUUGACUUGUGGAAUUGUGUGUAAGGCUCUUGAAUAGUGAUGAAGUUGUGUGGCAGGAGAUGUAAUGUGUGUAGCCAGAGGAAUAUGACCAUUGAGAGGCAAUGCCAAGAAAAGGUUUAUCUUCAUCAUUAUCACAGUGACGAGCUGCAGGGGUGAACACUUUCAUGGCUCAUCAGUUUGUUAUGGUUGUGUCAUGUCAUUUUGUUGUGUUGGGUGUGUUGUGAGAUCCUUCUGUAAGUUUGUGUGUGUGUGUGUAUGUGAGUUGUUUGGAUGUUUGAUGGUGCAAGGAAAAGAACAAGAGAGAGAGAGAGAGAGAGAGAGAGAAUGACCAUAUCAACUUUGUGCAAAUGACAUGAGUGUUCUUUCUUUUACUUAUGGAUGUUAUAAGAGUAAUUGUUACGGGAAGGAGUGUUGUUGAGUUGUUCUGAAUGAGGUAUCUGAAUUUGACUGGAAAAGAGGCUUUGUGUGUGUGUGUGUGUGUGUGUGUGUGUGUGUGUGUGUGUGAGAGAGAGAUUUGUAUUGGUGUCUAACUUUGUUUCUCACCCAUCCCAUGCCUAACCACUCAACCUCCACCACACACACUCAUGUCCCUUGAAACCAGCUGUCCUCUUUAGACUACCUUGACCAACACACACACACACACACACACACACACACACACACACACACACACACACACACACACACACACACACACACACACACACACACACACACACACACACACACACACACACACUUCUGCUGUUGCCUUAGAUGUAUCAAAAGUUUUUGAUGGAAUCUUGCUCAAAGCUUUGAUUUGCAAACUAUCCUCCUUCCAUUCAUUAACUUGACACAACCUUCCAGACAACUAUCCUCUCUUCAAUAACACUCAACUGUCACUCUCUUUUACACUGAAUAUCCUCAGAUUGUCUUACUCACAAUCUAAACUGGAAACAUUGCAUGUCUUCUCUUGCUAAAACAGCUUCUAUGAAAUUAGUUUUAGACAGGGUGGAAUCAAAGGCUUUUUUACUUAUAAUUUUUUCUCCUCUAACUGACUUUUUCAGCCUUGCUGUUGAAUGAGAAAAGAAGUCUGAUAGUGGCGAGUAGAUAGGAAAAGUGCCAAAGAGCAGUGAAGUGUUAAUACACUUAAACAUACAGCAGUAGAUUCUUCACAAACUUGUCAGAGUCCAAGUUUACAUCUGUGAUCAACAAAAGUGUGCAAUAUAUUUGUUGUGAAAACUUGCAAGCAUUGGAGAGAGAGAGAGAGAGAGAGAGAGAGAGAGAGAGAGAGAUUUCUUGAAAGUACAAUAUUGCUUAGAAAAGACAUAGAUUUCUUACCUUAGCCUGGGAAUUCAUAUUUGGCUUCUAAUGGUUGUGUGGUGAGAGUAAAGAAAAGGAGCACUUCAUUACUGGUGUGUGUGUGUGUGUGUGUGUGUGUGUGUGUGUGUGUGUGUGUGUGUUUGUGUUUGUGUUUGUGUAUAACAUGGACAAAAAAGAGAAAAUCAGCACACAUUACAGUAAUAUGUGCAACUUUCAUCUUCACCUCCAGUGUGUGUGGCACAGGAGGAAAUAUAAAUUAAAGGAAUAAUUUAUGUAUAGUUAUGAAUGUGAUAUUAUUAUAUGUUAUUGAUAUGCAUUGUAUCUCUUAUUUUCACUGGAAAUGUACAGACAAAGAAGGAAGGAAUUGAAGGGCUUGUAUAUGUUGUAAUGAUUGUCUUUUAUUGUCUUUCUUCUUGACCUAAUGAGUGUGGCAGGAGAAAAGACAAGGAAAAAAUGGAGGCACUCAUAGUAGACAAUAGAGAGAGUGAUAUGUAGUACCUCUCAUCUACAGUAUUGAGUCAUCCUCCAUAUCCUGAAACAAUUGUGGGCAUCAUAAGGACUAUAGUUUGAAAGGUUGAAAGGCCAUAUAGAUGAUGAGUCAGAUUUGUAUGGGUGUAUUUCUCUGAUGAAGCAGGAGUUUUCUUAAACUGUUACUGAAAAUGCCUCUGAAAACAUUUAUUAUUUUUUUUUUUUUUUUCACUGUUCUGUUUUAAUGUAUUGAGUAAAGACACUGAAAUGUUUGGAAAUACAACCCCAGAAAGGAAUAGCAGAGAAAUAUUGUUAUGAGACUAUGCCAAGUGCCUUCCUUGUCCUUGGCCUGUUUGUAUUACAUGUGUUCUCUUGUAUUAUUGUAUUAUGAACAUCACCAUAUCACCAGUAACCACUUCCUCCUUCCUCCCACCACCAGCCCCUUACCCAAUAGUUCCUUGUAACUCAGUAUCUCAUGACAAAUCCAUCCCUAUGCUACUGAUCGCUUAAUUCAGUCAUUCUCCCUACAUCAAUCUUCAUCAACAGCAAACCAUCAAGCAUAGUCCCUCACUCAUGUCCUCUAAUCCCUUCAGUACUGAGACACAUUUUUACUUUGAGAUUUGGGUGUGAUUAGACCAUUUUAUUGACAUUAAGAAAGGUCUAUGUAUGGAAGUCAGAAGAUUAAUGGCCACAGUCUUCACUAUUUUCACCCCCAUUUAAGUUUCUGAAGCUGUUUAAAAUCACCAAUUAGUAAGCAGAAGGAAUAUAAAAAUGUGGCACAGUACUCAAAGGGUUAAAACUUUCACCAUCCCAUUAUUAAUCCAUCCUUAUGUUUCUGAUCACUUAAUUCAGUCGUUCUUCCUACAUCAAUCAACCUUCAUGAACAGUAAAGUAUCAAGCACAGUCUGUCACUCAUACAUCUUUAAAACCAUCAUCUCAUUAUUAAUUCAUGCCUAUGUUUCUGAUCAAUUAAUCCAGUCGUUCUUCCUACAUCAACAGUAAUGCCUAGUCCUUCACUCAUAAUUCUUUAAAACCUUCACAGUAAUUCAUCUCUAUGUUUGUCCUCACUCACUCCAGCCAUGUUCUCUUUACUGCACCUCACGUUCCACCAUUGUAAAGAAUGCCUCUGUUCUUUCACCUCACAGCCACCAGAAGGCCAGAGUCACCUGCCCUCCCAUCAUCUCCUUUGGUUCACAGACUCACAGACUCUUCAUCAACAUGCUUCUGUUCUGUUAUCAGGCAAGUGUUGACUUAGAAGACUUUGUGAUUAGUAGGUAGUACAUACAAAAGAUGAUUUAUUUGCUUCAGAGAUGGUGUGUGUGUGUGUGUGUGUGUGUGUGUGUGUGUGUGUGUGUGUGUGUGUGUUUCUCAGAGAACUCGCACUAGAUGUGUUUAAAAGUUUAUGUACAUAUACAAAAAUAUUAUAUGGUUUAUUUAUAUGCAGAAAUGUU